AUGUUUGCUGCAUAUCAUAGAGUGCUUACAAAGAGGCCCAUCCUGAUUCAAAGUGUAUCCACAGCUGUCUUGUUUGGUGCUGGCGAUGUCAUUGCACAGCAAUUUGUAGAGAAACAAGGCUGGGAUAAGCAUGAUUUUACACGCACAUUUAGAAUGACGGCCUUUGGUGGUGUUUUCGCUGGUCCAGCACUGAGCAAUUGGUAUCGAUUUAUUGAUAGAAAAGUUGCUACAAAGAAUGCGUUUCAAGGUUUAGCCACCAAAGUAGCAUUAGAUCAAUUCGUCUUUGCACCCUUCUUUAUCGCAGCCUUCUUUACCGGUCAAGGCAUUUUUGAGGGCAAAUCACUGCAAGAGAUCAAAGAAAAGCUAUCCAGUGGGUAUACGACUGCGCUUAUUGGUAAUUACAAGAUUUGGCCAGCAGUUCAAGUUGUCAACUUUUAUUUCACUCCGUUGAAUUAUCGACUCAUGGUAACAAAUGUGGUUGCUUUAGGCUGGAAUGCGUAUCUCUCGACUGUCAAUCAGCGAUCCUCACAUUAG